GUGGUGUAAUUUUACAGAUGAGUGACUCAUAAGAGUAUGGAUGGUGCUCCAGUGGAUUUAUCUUUUAAAUGCAUCAACAGGUUGGCAGAUGCAUUGGCAGAGGAACCCAGUUGUGGACUGCGCCCUGUAAAAAGAAAUGCUGAGGGAAAGUACCUAAGCCGUUCCCUGCGUCUCAGUAAUAACAGUAUUUCUGGCCUUAAUGACCUCCAGAUGACUCUCAGCCACUUUCUGGCCCAGCCUUCACAACUUGCCUGGUUGGAUCUUUCCUUCAACAAAAUAUCACACAUAGACCAAGUUUUGUGCGAGCUUCAUGAAUUGCGUGUGUUGUACCUGCACGGCAACUGCAUUUUUAUUCUGUCAGAAGUGGACAGGCUUGGAGCACUGCCACAUCUACAUACCCUCACCCUACAUGGAAAUGACAUAGAAACCAACAAGGGGUACAGGAAUCAUGUGGUUUCUGCUCUGCCCCAUUUAAAAAUGAUGGACUUCAGCGGAGUAACGCGCCAGGAGCGAGUCUUGGCAAAUGUUUGGCAUCACAGCAGCAACAGAAGCAGAAGCAGCAAGGACACUCUGCACUGAUGAAAGACUUAUCUCCAUGGCAGCGUUGAAACUAUGGUUUCACUUUAAAUGUUGAUCUAGAUUCAUUACUUCUAUGCAGUAUUUGAUGCAUUUGUCUUUGUAUGUUUAUCUGCUAACAAUAUGUCUGUAAUAUUGCCACUAAAUGAAGUUUUGGAAUAAUUACAAUGUUAAGAAUAAUACCUGUAUUUGGUUGAUACUGUAAGACUGUCGCUACGUCAUUACAGAACUCCUAACACUUCAUGAUUAUGCAAGUCAUUCAUUCAUUUUCCAAACUGCUUAACCCUCUGGAGGGUCACAGGGGUGCUGGAGUGUCUCCCAGUUACCAACAAGUAAAAGGUGGGCUACACCCUGGAAAUUAAUUUAUUAAAACAAGGGAGUGCUUAUGUUGAAAGUCUUUAAUGAAUUAACCAAAAAAAUAAAAUAAAAAACCUUCAACUUAAGUUUUUGGUACUAGCCUAACUUACAAACAUACUUCAGGUAGUAUUACACAUUUGAGUAACAAACAAAACAGAAAAAAAAUGCCAAGAACCCAUUGCAAAAAGCUUAAAUCAAAUGCGUGGUUGAAAUAAUCACAGCCUUGCAGAUCAUCCCUUUAGAGACUCAAGAGUGGCUUACCAUGCUCCCUGCAUCUAGCCUCAUGCUCUCGGACAAAGAGCAAAAAUACAUUUAAAAACACAAAUAAAUAAUCACAAAAGGUCUGGGAUCAUUUUCUCUGUUGUGGUACAUAGAUUGUUAACGCUCCACCACACUGCUACAAUGGUUAGUUUCUGAUUAAUGUCAACAACUUAAUCAUAUUACAAUCUGCAGCGAAAAGCUUUGUUUAAAAGCUAACAAACGCAGGCCUUAAAAUUGUUCUUGUGUUUUCAUAAAAACGCGUCACCACAAGAUCUUAGCCAGUCCUGACUGAUGAACUCUCUACAAAAAGAGGAACUUCAUACAAUCCAUCAUCUUAUCGUUUUUUAUAUUCAAUCAGAAAAUUCUGUACAGAGAAGGCAUGAAUACACAUUAUCUGUCCCUGCAGCCUGCACACACCCACCAUUUUUGUCUGUCCUCACUGUUAUUAAAUAUGCAAAGUUCUGGGAUUUGAGUUCAAGACCUACUUUCUCAAUGCUUUAGUGCUAGAAAACUGCAGAGGACAUGUUACAGUCUGUAAACGUGUGCACACGUGCCCCGAGAAAGCUUCACCUGUUCUCGCUCCAAGUGCCAUUUGCUGACCCACUGAUCAGCCCCUGAUUUAUUUGCAUCCUCACCCACCAGAGAACAGUCGCCAUGGACAACUAAACCAUGAGUAAAAGAUUACAUUGAACUAUAUAUUUCCUGCCUAGUCUGUUUGUCUGUAACACUGAAAUUUACUUGUGAAGUUUGGUUUGUCUUGAUAUUGUACUGACACAUGGUCUUUAUUGUUACACAUGUGAGGCUACGUUUGAUACCCUAAUCUGACCUGUGAACAUCAUGAGCGACUAUAAAGUGUAACUUCCCAAAUGAUUGAGACACCUUAUCUUUAAAGGAUAAUAGCCACCCCCUUUUUUAAACUAUGAAAUGAAUGAUUGAGGAAUGGACAGCAUCAUCAUAAAGCAACAGAACAAAGUUAAAGACAAUUCUUUUUCCUGCUCAAUGGUUAAAAUAGUGACCUGCUAUUUUUAUAUCUGUGGUGAUCAUUUCUAUUACUUCAUGACAAACACACUUCUCCUGUUUCAUUUGACAUCUUACAAAGUACAAACCCCAGAAUAGCCAGUGCCUUCUGCCAGAUCCCUACAGCUCUGUCCCAGGUGAAUAUACAGUGCAUUCUUUCACACUUGAAUAGCAGUCAGAAAUGUGGGGCUAGCCUUACUUGCCUGGGAGUAAAAGCUGAAAUAAUGACACAGAAACAGCGCAGGAAAAAAAGGUAACCGUAAAAAUAUUACAUAGAUCACCCGUGAUGCUGAUAAAGGAAGAUUUUUCCCCACAGGUGAUUAUGGCAAAGGCUGUAAUCCAGGCAUUUGAUACAGUGGAGGCCUUGUUGUCAAAAUGAGAUCACCCAUCUACUGAAGACCAUCUUCCAUCAUCCAUGACAACUCUUUGUCACUGUCCCAUAAUUAAUUACACUAA